AUGUCACAGGACUGCAACGAUGAGUGGGAGCUGAGCAAAGAGAAUGUGCAGCCCCUCCGGCAGGGGCGAAUCAUGGCCACCUUGCAGGAAGCCCUGGCUCAGCAGGAGACCUCCACCCACACUGCUGUGCAGCUCAAAAAACAGGAGUUUGAAUCGGAAAUCCGAUUUUACUCUGGAGAUGAUCCACUGGAUGUCUGGGACCGGUACAUCAAGUGGACAGAGCAAACCUUCCCCCAAGGUGGAAAGGAGGGUAAUCUCCCAGCAAUAUUGGAGAGGGCAGUGAAAGCACUCCAUGAACAGCGGCGGUACUACAAAGAUCCCCGUUAUCUUAGUCUCUGGCUCAAAUUUGGAAAUUGUUGUAACGAGCCCUUGGAUCUGUACAGUUAUCUACACAGCCAGGAAAUUGGCACAACAUUGGCCCUACUCUACAUCACUUGGGCAGAAGUACUCGAGGAUAGAGGAAGUUUUAAGAAAGCAGAUCUGAUAUACCAGGAAGGUCUUCAGCGCAAGGCUGAGCCUUUGGAAAAACUCCUGUCCCAUCACAGGCAGUUUCAGACCCGUGUUUCUCGGCAAACACUACUGGGGCUUGAGGAAAUUCCUGAUGAAGAAGAUGCGGGUCUUCUGGGAGCUGCAGAACCUCAGAGAAGCUCACUGGCAGAUCUAAAAGGCAGGGGGAAGAAAAAAGUGAGAGCCCCAAUUAGUCGAAAAGCCACGAACCAAAACAGAAGCUUCCAGACUCUAACUUCUCAGCAGCUUUCAAACAAUCCGGGUUUUGCUGUGUUUGAUGAAAACUCAGCUCCAGCUUCUGGACCCGAGAUUCCCAUACUUACACCACAGCCAUGGGCAGCACCUCCAGCUCCGAGGGCCAAGGAGAAUGAACUGAGCGCAGGACCUUGGAACUCUGGCAGGCAUCCUUGCAACAGUGCAAAUUCUGGUACAGAAGUGCCCUGUCCACGGCCCAGUUUCACUCCAUAUGUGGAAGAGACGGCUCAGCAACAAAUCAU